UUUUCUAUCAUUUUGAAUGAUAUGCUCAACGAGUAAGGAGCUCUUACUUUGGGUCUCCGUCAUGCUGGUUGACAGAAAAGUGAUUUUUUUACUAUUUCUUGCUGCCGUCGUGUACCCAAAACUAUCGACACAAGCUGGGCCAGAGGAUUGCGAGAAGGGAAAAGAAUAUUGGGGAACGUUUAUGAGCGACACAGGUUCCUGCGAACCAUGCCCGCGUUUUUGGCAACAUUGUGACGAUCAACAAGAAAGAGACAAGAGAAAUUGUUUCGAUUCAUGUCGUGUUCUGAAGCCAUCUGCUGCUCUUGGAAGUCUCUUGGCAUCGUCGCAUGUAUCUCCCGAACUUCGAAAAUUCAUUUCAUCACCGUCGAAUGGUCUGCACAUUUCGUCUACAUCUGUUGUAAAAUUUCCCGCUGUCUAUAACAUUCCUUCAUCAACCUUCCCCGAGAUACCCCUGUCAAGCCCAGUACAUCGCAAGGAGAAUAAUUCAUAUCUAGCGUUUGUUGCUGCUAUAAUAACACUUUCUGUUGUGUUCGCUCUGGCCGCCUUUGUCACGAUUUUUUUGUUGGUUCGUAAAAUUCACAAAAAAACCAGAAGGAAUCGGCGUCCAGUGCCUAAUGAAAACAAUGGAAAUGAGUGGAUACCCCUUGAAGUGGUGACGCAAAAAAAUUUGGCAGAGCCAGAGGGGCAGAGACAAGAUGUUGAAGAAUUUGUUGGCGAGGAAUCGCUGCGAUUUCCUGUCCAGGCAACACCUUCGAGAGUAAAAAUUGGAGGAAUCCAAGAAGAACAUUACAAAGAGAGCUGUGUAUCCUCCUUGCACUUAACAGAAGUGCACAGUUAGUGAGCUUAUAGUAUAUAAAGUAUAGUAUAGUGAAUUAGUGAACGAAAUCAAAUUUGCUCGAUUGAAGGUAAAGCGAAGCAAAUUUGAAUUUCAGCAUUUGGCGGGUGUAUGCAUGUGCCAAUAAAGAUUGAGAUGUCUAUUCAAUUGCACGCAGUACAAAAUGUGGUUUUGACCGCACAAGAAACACGCGAGUUUUGGUUAUUUUUAGCCAUUAUGUCAUAAAAAGAUUAGAAAGCUAAAUGAAUUCUCUUUCUCACUAUAUGUAAAAAUAAUAUAUCAUUGAACUGAAUAUUUAAAUUAAGUUUCAUGCAUGAUAGUAUUACGGCAUGUUAAAUGGUGAUUUUCUUUUUCUUUAAAAACGUAAAGUAUAGUUAAAUAAGAGUAUUGUCCAUCCAUGAAUUAUCUGCUGAUUGUAUAGAAAGCUUGCUGAAUUAUUAGUGAAAUUGCUAUAAUCGCAUGGUAUAAAACGGAGUCAAAUUUGGGAUCAAUUUAAUGCUUUUAAUUUAUUGCCAAAAAUUGAAAGUACUGUUGCAAUUAAUCCAAAAUUUUACGAAAAGCCAUUACAUGUAAAUAAUAAUAUAUAAACAAAGUUAUCCGCAUUUAACCACCUUUCGGUGGGCUGCAGACUUCAUUCAGUGUGUUAUUGAAACAUCGAAAAUAUUUUGUUUAUAAUUUAUAUUCGUAUCGUACUUUUCACGUCUUUGUAGUUUCCUGGCAGUCAAAGGCUGCCUGACAUACGAGGUUUUCCUACGUUAUCGUCGCUUUAAGGGAUAAAAUUUGAAUGUCCGGUAUUAUAUUUCAGCUAUUUCGACGACAGCCAUUCAGCUGCUUUUUAGGUGAGCAGCCUGCUUCUAUAACAAAUGCAAAUUCUUCUAGUCAGCGUUAAGUUAUUUUACCAUGUAAGUAGCCCUGAAUCAAGGUAAAAUGCCCUCUGUUUCGCCAAUCACAUGCGAAUAAUGUUGCCUGAUAUAUGUUAUUAGUAUUAUUCAUUAUUUAUGCCUAAUAGCCAUAAGUGUGUGCAAUUGUGCAAUUGUGUGAAACACAAUUAAAGAAUAGGUGACGCCAAAACGCAGAAUACGCCCUUUUUAUCGGAAUACCCAUGCAGGUUAUAACGUGGAUGAGACAGUUGCAUCCCACGUAUGACGAUGACGUCAACACCCUUAUCUAGAAAAUAAAAUGAAAAACAAGCUCUAAAUCUACUUCGGUUGAUAACGACAACCUUCCUUGAUAAUUCUUCGUCUAUC